AUGAAAAGAAAAACUCCUGACGUCGAGAGCGCGACUCCCGUUUGUUCUAAAUCUUCACGCGUAAAGAAGCCAAAUGCGAAUAUCGCCUCGAUAUUCUUUAUCGGAUUAAUAUUAUACGCACUGCUCCACCCAAGCUCUCCUUGUUCAUCUCACUUACGCCCUAAGUCUAUUGAACAGAGGGUUCAGAAGCUUCUCUCGAAAACUCCCUUGAUAGAUGGACACAAUGACUUAGCUAUCUUCAUCCGUGCUAUGUAUAAUAACCAUAUUUACAAUGAGACAUUUUCAAAGCCAUUCGAAGAGGGCGGGCUCCCGAUGCACGUCGACCUACCCAGGUUGAGAGAAGGACAAAACGGAGGUGCUUUCUGGAGUGUCUUUACGCCGUGUCCUGCGAACGGCACAGAUUACUCAGAUGAGAACUACGCUCCUAGUGUCCAACUGACCCUACAGCAAAUUGAUCUUAUGACCCGGCUCCAGAAUGCUUAUCCAAAAGACUUCUCCGGGAUCCCAGUAGACUCCAAGUCUGCGGUAGCAGCCUGGAAGAAGAAGGGCAAAUUCAUCUCACCCCUAGGAAUCGAGGGUCUCCAUCAGAUUGGCAACUCGGUAGCCAAUUUACGGCGCUUCUAUGCUUUGGGAGUUCGCUAUGCUACGUUGACGCAUAACUGCGGAAACAUAUUUGCCGAUGCAGCUCUCUGGGAAAACCCCUUCCACAAAGCCCCCCCGGUAUGGAAUGGUGUCUCCCCUAAGGGCAGACAGCUAAUCAACGAGAUGAACCGUAUCGGUAUGAUAGUCGAUCUAUCUCAUGUCAGCGCGGAUACCAUGAGAGACGUCCUAGGCGGUAGCGAAGAAUGGGCAGGUAGCAAGGCUCCCGUCAUGUUCAGUCACAGCUCUGCCUACACAAUCUGCCCGCAUCCUCGCAACGUCCCGGAUGAUGUGCUUCAACUUGUAAAGGAGAAGAAUUCGAUCGUCAUGGUAAACUUCUCACCUGAUUUUAUCAGCUGUGUCGACAAGGGCGCCGAGAACGGUGUCCCUGAGUACUUCCCUGGCAAUAACACUCUUUCUCAAGUGGUCAGUCAUAUCACCUACAUUGGCGACCUAAUAGGGUACGACCAUGUUGGUUUGGGCAGCGACUUUGAUGGCAUCGAAGCAACCCCUGAGGGGUUGGCUGACGUGUCUAAAUAUCCGGACCUUGUGGCAGAAUUGCUGCGGCGAGGGGUUUCGGACAAAGACGCCAGCAAAGUCGUAGGUGGCAACAUACUACGUGUUUGGGGGGAUGUUGAGAAAAUAGCUGCGAAACUACAAGCGGCCGGAGAGCCAGUAUUGGAAGAUGAUUUAUCAGGCUUGUUCGAGUAA